AGCAGUUGCUUUACUUCUGGACAUUUGCCUUUCUACCUAGUCUGGUUUUCAGACUGGGGUCUGAAAGCCCUAGAGACACUGGGCUCUAUGAGGGAGGGGGUAGUGUGUCCAGCUCUGCAGAUCCAGAGUGGCCACUCCCCUCAGGGCCCUGUGAUCCUGAGAAUCUAGCUAGGACCAGAGCUGGGACCCAGAGCAUACCCAGUGUGAAGGGGACAAGAGACUCAUCCUGUAGACUUGGACUCAGAGACAAAAGCAGAUGGACAAGACUCUGGGACUCAGCAUAGGGCUGGAGGAUUCACAGAAAUAUAUCUCUGCGAGAGAGGUCAGGGCAGCCGGCUUACUGUCCUUUCUCUGAUGGGGUGAGCAGCAGGGCGGGCCCUGCCCUGUCUUCUGCUGACGAGGAAAGCAGCACCCAGAGGAGAAGCUGAGCAACAUGUCCCACCAAGCCUGGGAACUGCCUCUGUGGGGUGCCCAGCAGGAAAGCUCCCUGGUCUGGCAUUGAGGGAGGGGCUGCCCUGCCUGCUCACGGGAGGAUUCCCACGAAGCUCGGACAGAAGAGUGCUGCUGCUUCUCCCAUGGAGCACCCACACGCUCCCUGUUCCCGUGGAGCACCACACACUCACCAUUGGUCCCUGGCACAUGGAUCUGAGCUUGGCACACUCUAGCAAUCCUCAGACUAGCCAGAACGCAUUCCUGCUCUGCCAAGUCCUCUUUCUUCACAACACAGCUGGGAGGAGAAUGAAUGGGGAGAAAAGAAUGUCCCAGUGUCUCAGGAGGGGUGGGGCUUCCCUGAGGGCAGUGAGGCCUGUACCUGGGACCUGUGAGUGUAUGUGGUGGUGGGGACAUACCCCAAUAUCGAUCUUCAAGUGGAGAGGGAGCAUCCCACUACGAGUCCUCAGACACUUUCUUCAGGCUUGGAUCUGUUCUGUUCUAUCAGGAGCCAAGAGUCCCCUGGUAUGUCUCAGGCCUCCAGGACACUCACAUCUGUUCUCCAAAAAGCAACCAAAUGUGAAAGUGGUGAGCUCAGCACAAUUCAUCUCUGAGGGUCUCAGAAAUGCUCCAGCCAGGGAGGCCACCCAAACCGUUUUGCUCAAGACCUGUAAGACUGGCUCCAGCCAUUGGUCUGUCUGCCGAGAUUGACCUGUCAGCUGCUUGCUCAUCGCAGCCCUCUGGUGAGAAGUCACUGUUUCAUCUGAUCCUCAGCACCAGGGAGUCAUUUUCCCACAGCCUUGGCUUCCUUGUGGCCAACCGCAGGUCCUGGAGGCUUUGGGCUACGGCAUAGAGAAAGCAGAGCAAGUCCCGCUGCUUGGAACAGGGUGGUUUGCCGUUAUAACAGGCCGUCAGACUCUCAACAUGUUCCUGAUGAGAUUAGAAGCUCCUGCAGCACAUAACCAAGAUAUAAGGCUACAGAUUGCCUUUCCCAGAGGGGAAAACCCUGCAGCAACCUGCUGCCUGGAAAAGUGUAAGAGCAGAUCACUGGGGAAUCGUUUGCCCCCCGCUGAUGGACAGCUUCCCCAAGCUGGAAGGGCAGGUGCUCAGCAUGUACCGUACUGGGAUGGUUGUCAAUACCCCUGGUCCUGUAAGAGUCCCCAGGACACUGGCCAUGCCAAUGCCCCCUCACUUCCUGGCAUCCUUUUUGGGCUGCUCACAGCCCCCAGCCUCUAUGGUGAAGAUAUACUUGCUAGCAGCGUCACUAACUUGCUGCCAAGAGAUCAGUGCUGCAAGGCAAGGUUAUUUCUAACUGAGCAGAGCCUGCCAGGAAGAAAGCGUUUGCACCCCACACCACUGUGCAGGUGUGACGGGUGAGCUCACAGCUGCCCCCCAGGCAUGCCCAGCCCACUUAAUCAUUCACAGCUCGACAGCUCUCUCGCCCAGCCCAGUUCUGGAGGGGAUAAAAAGGGGGCAUCACCGUUCCUGGGUAACAGAGCCACCUUCUGCGUCCUGCUGAGCUCUGUUCUCUCCAGCACCUCCCAACCCACUAGUGCCCGGUUCUCUUGCUCCACCAGGAACAAGCCACCAUGUCUCGCCAGUCAAGUGUGUCCUUCCGGAGUGGGGGCAGUCGUAGCUUCAGCACCGCCUCUGCCAUCACCCCGUCUGUCUCCCGCACCAGCUUCACCUCUGUGUCCCGGUCCGGGGGUGGCGGUGGUGGUGGCUUCGGCAGGGUCAGCCUUGGGGGUGCUUGUGGAGUGGGUGGCUAUGGCAGCCGGAGCCUCUACAAUCUGGGGGGCUCCAAGAGGAUAUCCAUCAGCACUAGCGGUGGCAGCUUCAGGAACCGCUUUGGUGCUGGUGCUGGAGGCAGCUAUGGCUUUGGAGGUGGUGCCGGUAGUGGAUUUGGUUUCGGCGGUGGAGCUGGUGGUGGUUUUGGGCUCGGUGGCGGAGCUGGCUUUGGAGGUGGCUUCGGUGGCCCUGGCUUUCCUGUCUGCCCUCCUGGAGGUAUCCAAGAGGUCACUGUCAACCAGAGUCUCCUGACUCCCCUCAACCUGCAAAUCGACCCCAGCAUCCAGAGGGUGAGGACCGAGGAGCGUGAGCAGAUCAAGACCCUCAACAAUAAGUUCGCCUCCUUCAUCGACAAGGUGCGGUUCCUGGAGCAGCAGAACAAGGUUCUGGACACCAAGUGGACCCUGCUGCAGGAGCAGGGCACCAAGACCGUGAGGCAGAACCUGGAGCCGUUGUUCGAGCAGUACAUCAACAACCUCAGGAGGCAGCUGGACAGCAUCGUGGGGGAACGGGGCCGCCUGGACUCGGAGCUGAGAAACAUGCAGGACCUGGUGGAAGACUUCAAGAACAAGUAUGAGGAUGAAAUCAACAAGCGUACCACUGCUGAGAAUGAGUUUGUGAUGCUGAAGAAGGAUGUAGAUGCUGCCUACAUGAACAAGGUGGAGCUGGAGGCCAAGGUUGAUGCACUGAUGGAUGAGAUUAACUUCAUGAAGAUGUUCUUUGAUGCGGAGCUGUCGCAGAUGCAGACGCAUGUCUCUGACACAUCAGUGGUCCUCUCCAUGGACAACAACCGCAACCUGGACCUGGAUAGCAUCAUCGCUGAGGUCAAGGCCCAGUAUGAGGAGAUCGCCAACCGCAGCCGGACGGAAGCCGAGUCCUGGUAUCAGACCAAGUAUGAGGAGCUGCAGCAGACAGCUGGCCGGCAUGGCGAUGACCUCCGCAACACCAAGCAUGAGAUCUCUGAGAUGAACCGGAUGAUCCAGAGGCUGAGAGCCGAGAUUGACAAUGUCAAGAAACAGUGCGCCAAUCUGCAGAACGCCAUUGCGGAUGCCGAGCAGCGUGGGGAGCUGGCCCUCAAGGAUGCCAGGAACAAGUUGGCCGAGCUGGAGGAGGCCCUGCAGAAGGCCAAGCAGGACAUGGCCCGGCUGCUGCGUGAGUACCAGGAGCUCAUGAACACCAAGCUGGCCCUGGACGUGGAGAUCGCCACUUACCGCAAGCUGCUGGAGGGCGAGGAAUGCAGACUCAGUGGAGAAGGAGUUGGACCAGUCAACAUCUCUGUUGUCACAAGCAGUGUCUCCUCUGGAUAUGGCGGAGGCAGUGGCUACGGCGGUGGCCUCGGUGGAGGUCUUGGCGGUGGCCUCGGUGGAGGUCUUGGCGGAGGUGGCAGCGGAAGCUACUACUCCAGCAGCAGUGGAGGUGUCGGCCUAGGUGGUGGGCUUAGUGCGGGGGGCUCUGGCUUCAGUGCAAGCAGCGGCCGAGGCCUGGGGGUGGGCUUUGGCAGUGGUGGGGGUAGCAGCUCCAGCGUCAAAUUUGUCUCCACCACCUCCUCCUCCCGGAAGAGCUUCAAGAGCUAAGAGCCUGCUGCAAAUCACUGCCUUCCAAGUGCAGCAACCCAGCCCAUGGAGACUGCCUCUUUUAGGCAGUUGCUCAAGCCAUGUUUUAUCCUUUUCUGGAGAGUAGUCUAGACCAAGCCAAUUGCAGAACCACAUUCUUUGGUUCCCAGGAGAGUCCAGUUCCCAGCCCCUGGUCUCCCGUGCCACAGUUCUAUAUUCUGCUUCAAAUCAGCCUUCAGGUUUCCCACAGCAUGGUCCCUGCUGACACGAGAACCCAAAGUUUUCCCAAAUCUAAAUCAUCAAAACAGAAUCCCCACCCCAAUCCCAAAUUUUGUUCUGGUUCUAACUACCUCCAGAAUGUGUUCAAUAAAAUGCUUUUAUAAUAUAA